AUGAAUCAAAACAUCAGCGUACUAGCAAAUCUUCUUAAAUCAGGUAAUUAUAAGAAUGUAGUUGUUAUGACUGGCUCCGGAAUUUGCAAUGCAUGCGGCAUUCCCGAUUUACACUCUAUUAUUCCAGACUUAAACAAGAAGGCAGAAGAGACAGGAUUCACGCCUUAUAUGACACCACCGUUCGUGUUUGAUAUAAGAUUCUUCAGAGAGAAUCCAAAACCGUUCUGGUGGGUUUUCUCUGAGAUAUGGCCUUGGAACGAGAUGCCACUACCAACUGAUUUCCACAUACUGAUAAGACUCAUCGAAGAGAUGGGACUCCUCAGGAGGUGGUACACAACAAAUACUGACUGCCUCGAGCUCGACGCGAUCAAAGACAAGUCGAAAGUUGUCCAAUGCCAUGGUUCAGUCAAACACUGUCAUUGCAUCGACUGUGGUGCAGAAGUCAGCAUGAACGAGUGUCUCAGUGCGAUCCGAGGAAAUUAUGGUCGCAAAGAGAAAGGUUUCGACUUCGUUAAAGUUCCUACAUGCAACAAGUGUGGAUGA